GUUUGAGAUAACCGUAUGAACAUCACGUACUCUUAUGUAAGGAACGCAAUUAAUCUGUCUUAAUUUUUUGAUAGACGAAAUUAAACGAGUAAGUUAUAAUUUGGCCUAACACCGAGGGGCACCCUGUAUGAGGCACUCGUGUCUCAGAUGUAAGGCGGGUCACUCCUCGUACAGGGGCAAGGACCGUCCACUAGUCGACGGGAAACCACGUGGAAUUGAAACAUCAUGCAAAACAAGGAACCAGUGCACAGAAGAGGAAGUGGGGUGCCGAUGUGCCGGUGGUGAAGUUCUCGUAAAAGAAAGGCCGAUUCGAGUGCGAGCAUCGAUCCAGAAGAAGGAAGAUCGUUUUUCGUAAUGAGACCAGAGAAUGUUCUAUGCUUCCUGUGGAUCGCUACGGUCCUAAGGAUAGAGACUUUCGUUGCCGGCGAUGCUGACCUGGCCAUCCCACCGGGAGCUGAUUUUAAUCAUUUCCAACAGAAUCGUCCAACUCUCGAUCCACGACCUCGUCUGUCGGCCUCUCAGCAAGUUCAAAUACUGAGCGACGUCCAGCAACACCAGCUUCGUUACCGACGUCCUCAACAAGAUCUCUCAAACUCCCAAAGCUCAACUUUCCUGAACCAGGAACAACUCGGUGCAUCGUAUCCGUCCUUAGCUAAAUACAAAGUAGAUCGUUCGAAGCAGCAACAGAUACAACGACUGCUCGAGCAACAGAAACAGUUGCAACAAUUAAUCCAGCAACAACAACAGAAAGUAGCUCAGCAACUGGGCAAUUCUAAUUACUUGAGGAACGGUCAAGCUCAGUAUCAAACCGAGAUACCUAAGCAACAGCAACAAUUCAAUAGCCAGUAUCAAGUUGGCAACAAUCGGUUCCAGAAUCUCCAGCAAGACCUGUCCCAGCCUUUAUUCAGCGAUCAGCAAACCGUGCAAUUGCAAGAGUAUGUAGAAAAACAACGGGAGCUGGAAUUAUUGAAGAAACAGAGGGAACAAUUGUUAUUGGAGCAACAAGAAUUAAGAAGGCAACAGGAGUUCCUGAGGCUUCAACAAUUACAGAAACUGACGUCCACUACUUCCAUACCUGUCCCUGUCACGUCAGCCAGCACAGUUUCUAUCAACACCACUUUGUCUCCUCUUCUGGUGUCACUGUCGACAGCGAGGAAGAUCACUCCAUCGGAGACGGAGUUGUUCCUCAAGGCGAUAGCCACUCAUCAGCAGAAAUACUCCACGACGCCUAUUCCAUCUACGACAACCACAAGCAGGCCAACCACCGUCGCGACUGUCGUUCCCAAAGCGACAGUCGCUCCAGACAUUUCAGAAAGUAUACUGAAUCAAUUCGCUCGACAGGGUAAAUCUAAGCCUCAGAUUAAAAUCGUGUACCAGACUGAAAAGCCAGCGACAGGAAGGUCCGCCAGUGCCAAAAGCAGGUCCAGCUCUAUGGACAGAGAUGCUCUGUUGAAGCAGCUGAAGCUGGCCCUGGCAGAGUCCGUGGACGAUGAUCUUAGAAACGUUACCACUAGAGAUAUAGUUCUUCCUAAUGGAAAGAAGAUUCAGUUGAUAGAUACUUCGAAUGGGUUGACUUCCAAUGUACCCACUGGUGGUUCCACGGUCACGGCGUCCACUUUAGCUCUAACUACACCCACGGUUAAACCACCGAAAGCUAUUCUAGAGGAAUUGACUAAGGGUGUUUUACCACCUGGAGCAGAUUUCGAAGUGAUCAGACAAAAGAGCGAUGGGAAAUUGGAAGAAAUCGGAAAGGCACCGAUACAAAGUUUGCCUGCUAAAAAGGUGACUUUUGUGGUUCUCGAGGAACAGCCUGAUGGGAGUUACAAAGUUCAAGGAGUGAAAGGAAACGGGGAUAAAGAAGGAAGUGAUGUAGAUUCUAUUGUUGAGAGGAUCAAAAAAGGGGAAUUGAAAUUGCCCCCCAGUUCUUUGAACUCUCCUACUUCGUCUACUCUUCAGACUGUUGGAUCUAACGAUGGUAACUUCGUUUCGAGUAAACAGCCUUCAACGACGGCUUCGAAUGUUGGCUCUACUAGUUUCAGAUCGACUACUGUAAGACCCACUUCAAUUUCAUCGAGAUACACCGAUGUCAAGCCAACGGAAUACCCUAAUCACGUUACAAUCACACCGAAUUUGGUUUCAACGACUGACAAAUACCUUUCGUCAGCUUCGAGCGUGGCCAGCCACGUGUACAAUUCUUUCGGCACGAUAAAUACCAGCUCGAAAUCGACGCCGGAUGAUCAAGAUCAUCGAAUAACUGGGAAAUAUCCGAGAAAUCAUUUCAUACCGACGAUGGCUCCGGUCAACGAAAUCAUUACGACAACAUCCUCGCUGAUACCGACCACUUUCUCUCAACAUUCGACCAAUUCUUACGCUUACCAGCCGUCCAGUGAAACUUCGACGACGUUGAAGCCAAUUCCAACCAUAGCCAGACCGUCGACCACCUUACAUAACGAAAAUAUCGUUUAUCAAGAGAGCUUCGAAAAGUCUACUCUUUCACCUCCGACUGAAUUCCCUUCAACGAAGAAUCAGGUCUUCGAAAGCCUGGCUACGUUGUUGAGGAGAGAAGGACUUUUUGCUAUGGCUAAAUACCUGAGGCAAUCGGGCCUCGACAACGUUCUAAACGAAACUGGUCCGUACACGAUAUUCAUCCCGACAGAUAAGGCUUUCAGGACGUUAUUGGUACAGCUUGGGGGACCAGAGAAAGCAGAACAAAAAUUCCGUGAUAAUCCUAGACUCCUUAGUGGACUUCUGCUUCAUCAUGUGAUACCAGGAGCCUUCAGGAUCGAUUCCUUACAAGACGAAAUGACCGGCAUUAGCUUGGCCGGGACACAAUUAAGAGUGAAUGAAUAUCAAAUGCAUGAUCACGAAUGGAACGACAUAAAGCAGGUAACAACAAUAAACGGAGCAAAGGUAGCAUCAAAUAAACGUGAUAUCGAAAUCCCACAAGGAAUUGCUCACGCCGUAGAUAGGGUCAUGUUCCCGCUCCCGGUAGGGGAUUUGGUACAAACAUUGCAUGCAGAUCGAGAGAAAAGAUUUACCACCUUCCUAAAGAUCCUUUAUGCUUCGGGUCUUCAAGAUACGUUAUCAGGACCGAAAACCUUCACUAUUUUCGCUCCAACGGACUCCGUUUUCGAGUUAGCCUCGAAAGAUGGAACACCGAUCUGGUCAGAAGCUGAUGGACCAGAAGCUGCGAAAACGAUAGUUUUGAAACAUGUAACACCGUCGACGUUAUACACAGCAGGAAUGAGGUAUUAUUUACAGAAAGAUACCCUUCGUCCCCAGUCGCCAAUUCAUAUCCAUAAAAAUGGCGGACGAGUACGAGUAAACGAGGCACACGUUACCAUGCAUAAUAUACCAGCAACAAAUGGGGUCUUACAUGCGAUUGAUGGUAUAUUAUAAAAAUAUAUAACAAUUUUUAGGUCCUACCUUUUGAAAAGUUAUGCAUUUCAGCUAAUGCGUUAGUCGCAGAUUAACAAAACUAUUUAAUUCUUUGUAAUUCAUUGGCUCCA